UAUAUAUAUAUAUAUAUAUGUUACAUUAUAUAAUAUAAGUGAUCGAUUUGAGAAAUCGAGUAAUUUAAUGUUCAAAACAGACACCAGUGCAGAAUACAAUAAUUUCUGGAUUUGAUUUCGUAAGAAACGAGUCACUCCACUUUGCUGUGAUUAACAACGGUUCUAUUGGAGCAAAUUAGAAAAUGACUUGGUCUCUCGGCGUCUCGUAUAAAUUUCCGAGGAUGAUCUGAACUUCAAUCACCCUCGUAAAUAUAGCUUGUACAUAACUUUAAUAUACAUGUACAUCCCUUCUAAUAUAACUCGAACAUUCGAUUGGAUUCAAAAAGGAUUUCGUCGUUGAAUCGUAGUAAUGUUCGAAUGAAAGCUAAAGGAGAAAAGAAGAACAGAAAGAAGGAGAAGAGAAGAGUUUGCAGAAAAUCUGAUGCUGUAAACGUGAAGCCACUUAUCUGACAGGCGCAUAAGUUAUUGUUAAUGAUCGGCCGCAUCAGCCGUAGAAUGUUUCGCACAAUCGUUCGGCAAACAACUGAUUUAGACGGUGUACGUGAACGUGCGAGAUGGAAACAGGUUGCAUCGAGAAUUAGCGUGAGAAGACGUUCUGAAACAGGAUUGAAAUGCACAGUCCAACAAGUAUAAGUCGAUGUGACAAGGACGACCGGUGGCUGUCGAAAGACGCGCCUGUCGUCUUUUCAUAUAUCUCACAGAAUACAUUUGUAUAUAUUAACAUGCUUUUCCGACAAAGUAAUACCCGUUCUGUGCAGUGUAAUAGUAAGUAUAUGCAAAGAAACAAACGGAAAUGACGCUUAGUUGAAGAUAGAACAGAAUAACGAAUGCGAGAAUGAUGAAGAUAUUAACAUAACUCUCGAGGUAAUUACUUUUGUAAUUACUUUGUAGAUUAAAUUCAAUAUGAUAACGUGAAUCGUGCUGUGCUGUCUCGAAGCACGAUUCGAACAUGUAAGCAAAGUUCAGAAUUCUUGAUCUAAGUAAUAAUCUAACAAUUUCUUAUCCAACGACAAAUCGUCAAAAAUCAGCAUCAUCUUCUACUCAAUGACAAAUUUCUAUAUAUUUCUGAUAAGCUUUAAAUAAACUCGUAUCGCUACCUCGUGAAUCUCGGAUCGUUGAUCGGUGAAAUAUAUCUGACUAUAAUAAUAUCUGCGAUAACAGACAACCUAAGUGAUCGUUGUCGCGAUUGCAACAUUAAAAUAAGAAUAACAAUUGACGUGUUGACGACGACCGAUCGACGUUACCAUUCAAUUCGUUGUAUCAAUAAAACGUUUCUUAACAACGACGUGCCUCUUAUUCGCGAACGACACGACUCGUCGAGCUAUAAUGUCGCCAGCUACGAAAUCAAUUACAAUUCACGAUGCAAUUCCGCGUCGAUUUAUUAUUACAAUCGAUCGCGUUACAUCCGCCACGAACGAUCGAUCGAUUUAAUCACAGCCCGAAUAAUUGGAGGCGAUUUCUUCCGCGGAAAAGAAAGCUCCUCCCCCGCGACAACUCUGUGAUGAGAGCGAGGAGAGCGAUGACAAUACCGAGAACCGCGGCGUUCGGCGAAGAGAAGAAAAAGAAAGAAGAGAAAAGGAAAAAGGAAGAAGAACAGAGACGGGACAAGAACAGUAUUCGUCGUUCGAUGACGAUGAGGGUGGUGGAAGGUCCAUUGACGUGGCUUGCUUCUUUAAAAGAAUCUGCAAAUCAAGCCGGAUGCAUCUGA